ACCUGACCAAAAUAGUUCGUAUAGAACAUCAUCCAAGUUAAGUAUCAUUUAUUUGCUGCACUAAAGUCACCUAGGUUGCCGUCAAGCGGAAUCGUCACUUCUCGCAACCAUUUGAUUUCCCACCAACACCCAGCGGUUGGCUACUAGACUCAGCAUUGAGCGAGCAUACCCCGCCCAACAAGAAAUUAACAGACAAACAAACAAACGUAAACAACCAACCAUCCCUCAUUAACAAUGGCCCAAACGCCACUAAUCACCGUCUUGGGCUCCCUGAACAUCGACCUGGUGUCGUAUGUGCCCCACCAUCCCCUACCGGGAGAGACCCUCACGGCAAACUCCUUCGCCGUCUCCCCGGGCGGGAAGGGAGCCAACCAAGCCAUCGCCUGUGCCAAGCUCUCGAGGCCGCAGAGCGACAAGACGGCGGCGACGGCCAACGUGCGCAUGGUGGGCGCGGUUGGCGCCGACUCAUACGGCAGCUUGCUGCGCAGCAAUCUCGAGGGCCACGGCGUCGACGUCUCGGGUGUGGCGGUGCGCGCGGACCCGGCAAAGACGGGCCUGGCCAUCAUCGUGGUCGACGAGCCGACGGGCCAGAACCGCAUCAUCCUCAGCCCCGAGAGCAACCACGACCUGGACAAGGCUGUAGCCAUCGAGGCCGGACUCAAGGACAAGCCCGACCUGCUCAUCAUGCAACUCGAGGUCCCCAUCCCCGUCGUCUUGGAGGCGAUGCAGGCCGCGCGCACCGCCAGCGUCCCUGUGCUGCUGAACCCGGCCCCCGCGGUCGAGCUGCCCGCCUCGGCGUUCGAGGGCCUCGAGCAUCUCAUCGUUAACGAGACGGAGGCGUCGGUGCUUGGCCGCGUGGCCGAGUCGGUCCUGGACACGGAGGAAGGACUGCGGUCGGUGGCGGACGGGUUCGUGAAGGCGGGCGUGCGCAACGUCGUCAUCACCCUCGGCGGCAGGGGGGUUUACUUCCUCCAGGGGUGGACGGGCAAGGCGGCUCUGGUGCCGGCGCUCAAGGCGACCGUUGUUGACACCACCGCGGCGGGCGACACGUUUGUUGGCAUGUAUGCGCUAGCUGCCGUUGCGGCGUCCAAGGCGGGCGUCGAUUUCGAUGCAGAGGCUGCGGUUAGGACGGCUAACAAAGCGGCUGCCAAGACGGUGGAGAGGAAGGGUGCACAGGAUUCUAUUCCAUGGAGAGAUGAGUUGGAGGGGCAAUAGCCGGAAGUAGCUGGUGAGCGAGAGGAAGCUGCGAGAGAUUAUGGUACCAAAAGCCCCGGUCCCCAAUCAGGGGAAGAUAGAUGCAUCAUGUGAAGAAAAAAUCGAAUCAAACAUGCCGCGUUUCCCCAGAA